AACGUACGAGCUGUACAUGUUGUCGUUUGUUGAUCGUUAGUUUUUUUAUAUUCUGUUGAAAUUGAAUUCAAUGUUCAAUGGUCGGUUUGUAAGCUUCUAAAAGUUUUGAAAAUAAAAAAAUAAAUAAAAACAAAAAUCGUAUAAAAUAUACAUUUUGCCAUAAAAGGUACGAACCGUAAAAAGAUCGAUCGAAGAUCGCUAUUGACUGAUCGUGCGAGCAUCGAACGUGUGUUUAUGUGAUCGGAAUUGAAAAUUGGAAAUUGGAAUUUUUCAACGUACACUUAAUCGAUGGAAAACCAAAAACGGAGUCGAAGUUGAACAGGUUUAGAAAUAUACAGACAUAAAUACGAGCAGUUGUUGUUUUUCACAAAUAAUUUGCGCACGCACUACUCUUAAAGUUUCCUUAAUUUAAUGCGAAAAUUGUGCAAGUGUAUGUGUGUGAAGUGAAGUAAUUACAAACAAAUACAAACAAGUAAAAAAAAAUCAACUACAAAUCGCAGAUAAAAUUGUAAAUUGUAAUUUCGUGUAAGCUGCGACAUACAUGAAAAAUGCAUUCAUUAUAUCUUUACGAGCAUUUGUUUGAUGCACAAGCGAGACUUGACCACAACAGCGAGCGUAGCAGUAAACCAGUGUCCGUUGUGGCGGCAAAGAAUGCGCAACUCUGCGUGAAAGCGCAUAAGCCGAUUGAAAAGAAAUUAUUGCUUGCGUUGAAAAAGUUUAUUAAGUGAAGGACAUUCUAGUAAACGAGCGAACGAACAAGUGAGAACAAAGAACGACACUGAAAAGUGAAAGUCAAGUCAAGGAAAUUGUGCUAGGAAGCGAACAAAGUGAAUUGUAGAGAAAGUCGUGAAAAGUACAAUUAGAGAUUGUGAACAAAGUGUUCCACAAGUUCAAUUCGGUAUUUGAAGCAGAAAAGUUAUAGUAAGACAUUUUUACUGAAAUUGAAAGUACAAGAGAAUAAACGAAAAACCUAAAAACUACAGCUGGUGAUAAUAAAAGCUGAAAUUUAAUAAAAAAAUCAGUGAACUGUGAUAAGUAAUUUUAAAACUGUAGUUUUACUGCUAUGCGCUUACUUUUGUUGACGGCAGUAAAUCAAAAAGUAUUUAAUCGUAAAAAAGUGUAAAUUCAAAACUCUACAAAAAGGCGUUACAAAUAUAAGCUGUGAUUAAUUGCUGGCGAAGAUACGUGAAAACACGCUGAAAAACGAAAAAAGGAAAUUUUCACCAAAAAGCUUAAACAAUUUAAUAAUAAAAAGGUUAAGUGAUUUAAAAUCCACUUAAGAACGAAAACCUAACCUAUAUUUAAGUAAAUCGGAAUUUUCGUCUGUGAACGAAAAUUACUACGAAUUUAAUAAUAAACGAAAUAAUUUCAUUAAAAUUCACUAAAAUUGUACAAUUGUGCCACAAAAACAAAUAAACAAAAAACACCUCGGAAGCAGUAUUAAAUUCCCCACCAAAAGUUCACACAAAUCAGUCCUCAGUACAAUUGCCAAAAUGAUCUUCAAUAAAUACAUCGAAAAGCUUUCGAGCUCCUUUGGCACAACCGCCAAACAACAACAAAACAAGCAAAAUCAAAUCGACGACAAGACGCGCAAUGUAGAAUACGAAAAAGCAAUGGCGGCCACCUACAUCAAUAGUGGACACUAUCAUCAUUACAAUCCAAGUCACAUUGCGUCUAAGAAAAAGAAAUUAAAUAAAAGUCAGCAACAUCAACAGCAGCCACGUAACUUUCUAAGCUCGGAUGAAUUGGCAUCGAUAAAUAAUAAUAAAAACAGUAGUAGUAGUAAAAACAAGAACAACGUAAUACGCCAUAAUAGUCAUAGUAGUAAUAAUUACCUAAAAGUGCCUCAACAGUCCCACGUACGCAUCAAUGCCAAAGAUAUACCCGCUCUACGCAUCGCUACGGAUGCGCAGGCUGAAGAUGCUGGUGAUGGUACCGUACCCGCUUAUGCGACUCUAACGUCGUCCGUGCACUCUUACGAGGGUGACAUUUUCCGUACACCACUCUCAUCGCUCAAUCCCUCUCCUGCCUCGUCGUAUACAAAUUCGCUGUCCACAGAGUCGUUGGCAGCUGGCACAUACAGUCCCAGCACCUCGAUGUCGGCUGCUUCGACGCCAACAUCGCUAUCGACCUCGCCACCGCGUUUCCACAGUCGACCGCCGUCGUUGCGUUUAUCCAAGGAGUUGGGCGAGAUUUACUGCAAAUUAUUGAACUUUCCAUGGUUUCAUGGCAAUCUUUCGGGCAAAGAAGCUGAAAAAUUGAUAUUGGAGCGUGGAAAGAAUGGUUCGUUUCUAGUGCGUGAAUCUCAAAGUAAACCUGGUGAUUUUGUGCUUUCAGUGCGCACAGAUGAUAAAGUAACGCACGUCAUGAUUCGAUGGCAGGACAAAAAAUACGACGUUGGCGGUGGCGAAGCCUUCGACACGUUGUCCGAACUCAUCGAGCGCUACAAACGUAAUCCGAUGGUGCAGACGUGCGGUACAGUGGUGCAUCUGCGACAUCCAUUCAAUGCCACACGCAUUACUGCAGCGGGCAUCAAUGAAAGAGUCGAGCAACUGGCCAAAGGUGGAUUCUGGGAAGAAUUUGAAUCGUUGCAGCAGGACAAUCGCAAUAUGUUUUGUCGCGUUGAAGGUUACAAGCCGGAGAAUCGCGGCAAGAAUCGCUAUCGCAAUAUACUGCCCUACGAUCAUACCCGCGUUAAGUUACUGGAUGUGGAUAAAAACUUGCCUGGCUCUGAAUACAUAAAUGCGAAUUAUAUUCGCUUACCCACCGAUAGCGAUUUAAAUAGCAUGAGCUCAUCUUCGGAGAGCUUAAAUGUCACUGGUUUAGUGGCUUCCUGUCCCGCUUGCACCGCCGCCCAAAUGCAGAAGAAUUGCCCCAAUUGUCAAAUGCUGAAUAAGACGUGUGUGCAAUGUGCUGUGAAAUCGUCUAUACUGCCGUUGAGCAAUUGCGCUACCUGUAAUAAAAAAUCGGAUACGAUGAAGCACAAGCGCAGCGAUUCAUCUGCCUCUACAGCAACGAGUUUUAGUAGUGCUGGUGUCUGUGGUCCUGGUGGGUCUCGAUCGGCACUCGCCGGUGGCAGUGGUGGUGGGUUGUUGAAGAAGGGCAGCAAUGAGUUGACUGAACGUGAUAUGUUCAAGGUGUACAUUGCGACACAGGGUUGCUUGCCGACCACGAUUGUCGACUUCUGGAACAUGAUCUACCAAGAGAAUACGCGCGUCAUCGUGAUGACAACCAAAGAGAUUGAGAGAAACCGCAGUAAAUGUGCCAAAUACUGGCCGGAUGAAGGUCAAUGCCGACACUUCGGCCCAGCGAAAAUUCAAUGCCUCUCAGAAAACAAAACCAGCGAUUAUACGCUACGUGAAUUUAUAUUCAUUUGGCGCGAUAAACCCGAUCGACGCAUCUUUCAUUAUCACUUUCAAGUGUGGCCCGAUCAUGGUGUGCCGCAGGAUCCGGGUUGCGUGCUGAAUUUCCUGCAGGAUGUCAAUUCGAAGCAGAGUCAGCUGACGCUGGCGGGCGAGAAGCCGGGCCCCAUUUGCGUGCAUUGCUCGGCUGGCAUUGGUCGUACGGGCACAUUCAUUGUGAUCGAUAUGAUUCUCGAUCAAAUUGAUAGAUAUGGUCUGGACACCGAAAUCGAUAUACAGCGCACAAUACAAAUGUUGCGCUCCCAACGUUCUGGUUUAGUACAAACUGAAGCACAAUAUAAAUUUGUUUAUUAUGCUGUUCAACACUACAUACAAACGCUGGUACAGCGCAAACGUGCCGAAGAGCAAAGCUUACAAGUCGGGCGCGAAUACACCAAUAUCAAAUAUUCGGGCGAAAUGAGCAGUGACUCUCAAAGAUCUCCGCUACCAUCAGCACUUUCUAGUAUAAGUUUAGCAAAUAAAUCUCCUACGGGAGGCGGCAGCUUGCUUAUGCCUGCCACAAGCAGUUACAGCAUUAGCAAUAACACCAAUAGCGCCAGCAGCGCUGCAGAUGACCUGAAUCACUAUGUGAGUGCAACAGCUACCAAACAUCACAUGCACGGUUCAACGCCGCCUUUGGUUGCAAAAAAGCAAGCACCGCUUCCACCAUCGCCAUCCAGUACACUGAGCAGCACAACGUCAAAAGCCGGCGAUAGCAGUUUGCAUCAUCCACAACAAAGCGCAAUGCAUUCGCAGCAGCAAACAACAACAACAUCAACGGCAACUGCGUCCGCCGCCGCCGCUGCCGCCGGUGCCGCUGCGGCAGGUAAGCAGCCAACGAAAACAUUCCCAAAGACAUGAGCACGCGCACAGGCAGUGGUCAACAGCAUCAGCAACAGCCACCGCCUCGGACAUCGCCGCGCUCUACCUAUACAUGACAGUUAAAGUUUUAAAACGAAAUGUUCAUGCGCGCUUAUUUGCUUCAAAAGCGAAUUUUCGUGAUAAUUUCUUCAAGGCUUUCAAGUGAGCGUGGCUGUGUGGCAGGGAAGGGAAUGCGUGGUAGUGUGCGCGAAUUGUGAAUGAAUUGCGAGCCACGAAACAUUUUCAAAAAGGCAUCAGCAACAAAGUAAAAAAAAACCUAUAUUCCUUCUGUGUAAUUUUUUGAAAGUAUUUGUGUUUCGGAUGUGAGCACAAAGUGCUGAAAACUAUUUAGGUUUCUAGUAGUUCCUUCACGUAUUUCUCCUAACUUCCUCAUAUGAUUUUUCUUGUCGUUUGGCUUAAUUCUAUGUGUUUUCUUAAUAACUUGAAAAAAUUUUUGUUGUUCGUUUAAGCAAAAAUUCUGAGUUAUCUCGAAUUACGCCGCUUAUGAUGGAAGAUUUUAAGUUUUUUGGAAAAUUAUUUUCUAUAAAGUUACAAUUUUUAAAAUAGUAUUCUAGCAUUUCUAUUUAUGCACGUUUUUGUAUUCUCAUAUCUUCUCUCUUAAUUUCUUCGUCUCUCACUUUUUUCAAUAUAAAUCUCGAACGAUAAAUAUAAUUACGAUGCUGGUUAUUGUUGUUAUUAUGCUAGAGUAGUUUGUUGCUGCUGUGGCUGUUGCUGUUUUAUUUUUGUUGUAGUUGUAGUUGUGUAGUAGUAUUGUUGCAUAGUAGUGCAGCGCUAAAGCAAACGUAAAACGUAGAAAACAAAAAAAAAUUAUAUUAUAUAUUCAUACGAAAAAAGCGUUGAUUGUGAUCUGUAUUGAUGCAUUAAAAAUUAUGAAAUAUUAGAAAAGAAACUGCUUUAAAAAUAAGUGAGCAAGAAGCAAAUUUAAAUACAAAAAUUUUAUAAAUUGCAAGCGUGGUAAAAAAAUACUAACAUUUGCAAAAAAGCGUUUGUGAAAAAAAUUUUGUAAAAUUGUGAGAAAAUGCAAAUGUAAAAGGUUUGAGAAUUUCAGCACAAAAAUAUAAAUAUGAGGAUCGUGAAAGCCAUCGAAAAAAUCAAAGAGCAAUAGAAAGAAGUGAAAUCUGAUUUUACAACCAAGCACAGUGUAACCUCUUCUAACAGACGCCUCUAUUAGGCGGACCACUUCCUCAAGCGGACUUUUUUUUCUAUAUCAAAUCUUAUGUAUCGGCAGAAGUUACGCCCUUUUGAGUGGACACCUCUCUUUGAAGAGCAAGAGGACCAGGAGAGGUUUUACUGUACUACAAAUAAAAAAAUUGAAUUUCCCAAUUGCUUUAGUUUUUUAUUAGUUUUCUAACUAAACUUGCUUGAAAUAUCAAAAACAACACAAACAACAAAGUGAAUUCCACAUAAAGUUGAAAAUUUCAGAAUAUUUGUAAAUUUUUUAUAAUUCGCAUUAUUGGUAUUCAAAAAAAUAAUUACAAUAAAAAUUUUUAAUUUUUUAUAUUUAAAAUUCACGAUUCCUAAAUAAUUCACGAUUCUAAUAAAAACACGUACACACAAUUACUUUGUGCUGCUGAUUUUAAGUCUGCAAAAAAGAGAAAAAUUAUGUUUUCAUUCUAUGUCUGAAAUAGUCGCUUCUUGUACUGUAAUUCUAUAUAUGAAAAAAUUAUAUUAGUUUUUGUAUGUUUUUUUUUUUGUCUUUUUUAAAUGUGCAAACUGCUAAAAACUAUUGUUAUAAUAUUUUUAACCCAUUAUUGCUGUGUGUUUUUACGUAUAUUUAUAA